CGUGGCCCCGCCCUGGUCUGGGCGGCGGGCGCGGGAGGGAAGACAGCACGGAAGCCAGGGGCCUAAACCGCAGAAGCUCUUGCAGGCGACUUCCGCCGGAAGAUGCCCCCUUUUCGACCCCGCGCGGGGCAAGCUGGGAGUAGCGGGGAGGUGGGGCUCCGGAGCCGGCCUUUCGCUCGCUCACAUGGGACUUAUUACGUCGCAUUCUAUUGACGGUCAAGACAUCUUCCCGGGCCCGGCUCUGAGCCUGUAGCCAUUUAGCAUCUGUUGGAGAGUCCCGCCUCUUUUCCCAAAGCGCAUCACUCAGAACCCUUGGCGUAGCAAGACCCGCCUCUUACGGAAGCCGAGGCGGACUGUCAGAAUACGGAACAAAAACAACCAGGAACUAGUGAGGCUUCCGAGACCUGCUGCCCGAGUGGUUGCUUGGGAGGGGACCAGCAUAGAUAGGGAGACGCGAGCCUGCCGGGCCACCGCGUGGGGAUGAUGGCCGCAGAGAGCCAACAGGACCUGUCUGAGGCAAAACAGAUGAAGCUCAGCAUUCAUGUUGUGACCUGGAAUGUGGCCUCAGAAGCACCCCCUCUAGACCUCAGUGACCUGCUUCAGCUGAAUGAUCCAAACCUGAACCUGGACAUAUACAUCAUUGGUUUGCAGGAAAUGAACUCUGGGAUCGUAAGCCUCCUUUCCGACACUGCCUUUGAAGACCCGUGGAGCAGUGUCCUCAUGGAUGUGCUCGCCCCUCUGAGCUUCAUCAAGAUCUCCCACAUCCGAAUGCAGGGACUCCUCUUGAUAGUCUUUGCCAAGUACCAGCAUUUGCCCUUCAUUCAGAUCCUCUCUACAAAAUCUACCCCUACUGGUCUCUACGGGUACUGGGGGAACAAAGGGGGAGUCAACAUCUUCCUGAAAGUUUACGGCUACUAUGUCAGCAUCGUCAACUGCCACCUGCCUCCCCACAUGGCUAACAAUGACCAGCGGCUGGAGCACUUUGACCGUAUUCUGGAGAUGCAGAAUUUUAAGGGACAUGAUGUCCCCAACAUCCUGGACCAUGACCUCAUUCUCUGGUUUGGAGACAUGAACUUUCGGAUCGAGAACUUCGGGUUGCACUUUGUUCGGGAAUGCAUAAAAAAUCAGUGCUACAUCAACCUGUGGGAGAAGGAUCAGCUCAGCAUUGCCAAGAGACAUGACCCACUGCUCCGGGAGUUCCAGGAGGGUCCCCUGCGCUUUCCGCCCACCUACAAGUUUGAUAAGAACUCCAACAACUAUGACACCAGUGAGAAGAAACGCAAGCCUGCAUGGACCGACCGCAUCCUGUGGAGGUUGAGGCGGCAGCCCCGGGCCAGCUCGUUUACCUCCAGUCAGCCAGCCCCCUACUUCUCUCUGUCUCUGAGGAGCUACAAGAGCCACAUGAUGUACAGCAUCAGUGAUCAUAAGCCUGUCACUGGCACCUUUGACUUGCAGCUGAAGCCGUUGAUGUCUGUCUCACUGAUCACCAUAAUGGUUGAGGGCAUAUGGACCAUGGAGAACGACAUGUUGAUCAGCUACUCCUCAACCCCGGACUUCCUCAGCAGCCCCUGGGACUGGAUUGGACUAUACAAGGUGGGGAUGCGCCACAUUAACGACUAUGUGUCCUAUGUCUGGGUUGGGGACAACCAGGUCUCCUUCGGUGACAACCUGAACCAGGUAUACAUUAACAUCUUUGAUAUCCCUGAGACUGAGGAUCAGUUUCUCCUCUGUUAUUAUAGCAACAAUCUGCGUUCUGUGGUGGGGAUCAGCAAACCUUUCAAGAUACCACUUCGCUUCUUUUUGGAGAGAGACCUACCAGGUGAAGCUCAAGCACAGAUCUGAGCCCAGAGAGGAGCAACUGAAUCCAAGGUGGAGGCUACAGCUGGCAGCCAACCCUGCCUUACUACUGCCAGGAUUGCUGGGGGCCCAGCCCCUGAGGAGGCAGCCAAGUAUCCUCUACCUCCCCACUUCCCAGGGUGAGCUCUAGCCAGCUUCCUUACCCUCGCCAGGCCAGAUCACUAGAAUUGGCACUUAAAAUACAGGUGUUUGUUACUGAGAUAUGAGUGAAACCAGCUAGUUCAUCAGCAGUGAAGACUUGGGAAGGAUCCUCCAACAUGCAUCUCAUUUCUUGAAAACACACACACACACACACACACACACACACACACACACACACACACUCUCUCUCUCUCUCUCUCUCUCUCUCUCUUUCUCUCUCUCUCUCUUCCAGGCCUACCCAAGCACUCCUGCCAGGCACAUGCCCCAUCUGGCACAGGCCUGCAUUCUUGUCACGCCACCCUGGGCCUCAGGCUGCCUAGAAGGGAUAGACGCUCACAUUUGUACAGGCCCCAUACACUGGUUGGCACAAGCAACAGUGGGUUCCAGCAGUCUUGGCGUUUCAUAGCUUGUCCCAAUGGGGGAUGAGCAGAGUGUCUAGGAUCCCUGGUUUCAAUAGAAGUGGUAUAAAAAAAAAAAAAAAAAAAGG